GUCCGGCAGUGCAGACUCUGCGUGCUAGCAUUCUGCGGGGCGAUUGAGCGGACUGAACCUGCUUUGUUCUGCUAUAUGCGCCUCCGGACUCAAAGGAGUUAGUGGGGCCGCAUGGACUACGACGCCAUGUAAAUGCUCAUGCUCAUGCUCAGCAGUCCGGACUUUCAUUAUAGCUUGCACUGUUGUCGUGAGCCCAAGCAUUUCACAUAAGGUUGUUGCUGUUUGAAGCCGCACAAAGCCGCAGCGCACGUAAAACUGUUCUGAAGUCGCCAAUUACUCGAUGUCGCACUCGCAGCCCUGACGAUAGUUCUGGUUGUCAUACAGCAUGCCACCUAGACGGGCUCGAGUCCCUGCGACUCUUGAGAGCCGCAUCAAGCAAGGACUGCAAUAUUUUCUUAACCUGCGCGAGAACGCUGCAGCAGAUGAAGCCCGUGCCGAGGACUUGGACGACGCAAUACGAGUAGCGAGCCUGGAGCUGGUCAGCAGCGCCGAAAUUCUUAGCGGCAUCGUGGCUGCACACGGAUGGGCAGCACGCACGCUCGCCGUUGACGUUAUGAGCCGCCCGGCAUGCAUUCUGUUUGAAUCGGCGGUAAACAAGCUGGAAGAGCUGCUCAGUAGCCAGUCGGGUGACCCAGGCUGCGAUCAGCGGGACGGGCUGGUCCGAGCCCUGCUAAGAGCGGACACGCUGGCCGUGUACGCGAGGCUGUGCGCGCGGACGAACGCGCCGACCCGCCGCAACUUUGGAGCGAACCGCAUGAAGCGGGACGUCAUCUAUCGUCUGCUGCACAACCUCUCCACGAUCGCCCGAGGUGUAAACAACAGCCGGGACAACAGCCUGAGGCAGGAGCUGAUCUCGGCGUUGGCGCACACUCAGCUGCUCGAGCACGCCGCCCGGGCGCUGCUGCACGCCGCCCAGUCCAUUCAGCCCGCACCCAGCGCAGCCGCAGUAAUAGCAGCAGCUUCGGGGAGAGGGCCGCCAACUGAAAGCUGGGAAAACGUGUCGGCCGCAGCAAGCGCAUUCUCCCACACGCUCAUGUUCCUGCCGGGGAACAUGGAGAUUUUCUCUGUGAGCCCACAGCCCCGGGAAAAGGACAUUUGCCGCGAUGCUGUAAGCGAUGUGGAGGCGCUCUUGCUGCUGGAGCAGGUGCGGCCGCUGCUGGCGGGUCGCUGCGUGCAGCUCGUGGUGGGAUGGGCGGGCCUGUGCGGAGCCAUGACCCUACAGCAGCAGGAGGGGGCCGCGGAUGGCGGCGAUCAGCAGGGCUUGGUACCAACUGCGUCGCAGCUGCGGCACGGGCUGCCGUCAGAGCUGAUACGGCCGCUGCAGCUGCUGCCACAGGUCACUUUGUCAAGCCCGGAUCUGUCAGUCAUGGCAUGUGUCAUCGUCUUGCAGGUGACGGUCAGCGGCCCCUGCGACCUGGCCAUCGCCCAGCCGCCCCUGGGCUACGACCGCCUGCCGCACAGGCAGCCGCAGCCGCAGCAACCGUUGGCGGGGCCAUCGGCAGCGGGGUCAGCAGCAGCGGAGGGGCCAGCUGCAGCACCAGCACCAGCUUCGUACAGUGCCGCACACGCGUACCGCCUGCUUAUGGAGUUGUGGUGUGGCCUGGCAUGUGACAGCGACAGGGGCAUGCGCAACAAGUUCUUGGUCGCUCCAGUAAUGGCCCGGCUGCUGACGGAGCUGCGGCCGCGGCAGGCAGCGGUGCUGCUACCGGGCUGGUGGCGGCUGCUGGCGCAGGACCCGCCCAUGCUCACUCUGGGGUACAGGCUUGCGCAGGACGCAGGGGAGCUGCUGCGGCUGCAGCUGAGUGCGCCGCCGCCGGCCGCGUGGGCUGCUGGGGUGACGGAUGCAGCUUCCGUGGCUGCGGCAAGUGUGGACUGGCCGCUGGAAACCGCGGCGGAGAUGCAGGGCGCGGAGGCGGCGACAGCAGCGAAGGCAGCAGCCAGCCUGGCGCGUGGAAGGGACCCCAGCUUCAGCCUCCGCUGCGCGCUGGACGCGGGACUGUUGCCAGCGGUGGAGCGGUGCCUUCGCGCGCCACAGGCCUGGCAGCAGGCCGACAGCGCAAGCAAGCUGCUGUACGUCGUGAACUGCGUGCUGCGAUACUCGGGCGUGUGGCCGGCGGUGCUGGCUCGCGGUCCCUUGCAGCAGGCGGUGUCGCUGAUUGCCACGCUGGGCGCCACAGCUCGGCUUGUACGAGGGAGUGACAGCUCACUCGAUGUAAUAAGGAGUGCCUCCCAGCCUGGCAUGCAAAUGACUGUGGAGUGCGGCGCCUGGGGCUACCUGUGUGCCUACCUGUCUUCAAUGCUGGAGCAGGUCGCGGACUUGCGGGCGCUGCACGAGAGAGCACAGCAGCAGCGGGAGGGGCAGCAGGCAGCAGCCACCGAUGCUACGGCCACGGCCGCAGUUCCCACCCCUCUGCACCUCAACUCGGUGCUGGAGCAGGUAGUGGAGUCGAAGGACGGCAGUGUCAAGCCCUCCACGUGUUCCAUCGCCUGGAUGGCGGCGGCGGGCGGCCUGCCAGCUGCCGGCUCCACGGCGGACCGGCAGCAGCAGCUGCUCACGAGCUUCGCGGUGUACCAGUGGCUGCCCAUGCUGGCAGAAGAAACGGCGGAGGUGUUGUUGCGCUGUGCGGCGGGCGCCGGGCGGAGGCUGCCGCAGGCGCUCCUGGUGGGGCACCUGCUGAUGGAUGUGCUCUGGCGCGAGGAGCGCCGAAGGGCGGAAGACGACGUCACUGCGAGCGGAGGAGCUGAGGAGCAGGCAUGGAGCCCGCGGCCGGACGGGGCGUGGUGGGAGGGAGUGACGCUGGCUGGCCAGCUUGCUGUGAGCGUGCACCAGAUUGUGCACGUGCUGGCAAUAGACGCAGGAGGUGUGCUGCCUGAGCACUGUGAACCGCAGCAGCAGGCAGCCGUGUUGGACCUGUUGCAAUCCUACUGGACACGCUUUGCGGGGGCGGUGCGUGUCACGAUACGUGCACGAGCGAUACGGGCGGCCGAACAACAGCAGCAGCGGCAGCGGACGGAUGGAGGACUGCAAGCUGGGCAGCAGGCGGAUGGCGGGGCGGGCAGCAGUACGAGCAGCCUUGACGACAGCACAGCCCAGCAGCAGCCGCCACCGCCCGAGCUGAUGCUGCAGUGCUUGACGCCGCUGCCGGUGCAGCAGCUGGCGGCGGCGCACGGGCGGCAGGACGUGGUGGAUUACCUGGAUGCAGUCACUGAGGUUGUAAGAGAGGAGUUGUUAAUCGAGUGUGGAGGCGCCGGCGCCGGGGGAAGCGGCAUACGGGUGCAAGGGCUUGGCAGCAGGGAGGGCGGCGCGUCGCACGCUAGCGCCACGGCGGAUAGGUUGGGUGCGAAGUGGGUUAGCACCGUUCGGCCGCGGUACCUGUGGCUGCUGUCUCAAGGCCAGGUACAGGCGGGGCUGCAUGGCCUGAUGGUCGCAGAGGCGGCGGCUGCAACGGCAGCUGCUGCUACGGGUGAGCCCGCAGCAGCCUGCGGCGGCGGGGACGGCAGUGGUGGUCGCAGUGGCAGCAGCAGCAAUACCACUAGCGGUGGUGGGCAGGGUAGCAGGAGCGGUGGGCCGGUGUUUGAGCCCAAGCUAUGCUGCAACCCGCGCUGCUGCUCGCUGGACGGCUUUAGCGCGUUGAUUGCGCCCCGCAGUGGCAAGACAUGUGUGCGGUGCCGUGCUGCCACGUAUUGCUGCGGCGCUUGCCAGCUUGCGGACUGGCGUGAGCGGCACUCUGGCACCUGCAGUGGAGCCGCCGCGGCGGCGGCAGGGUCAGCAGAGGCAGCGAAGGCAGGGCUGAAGAAGGCAUGAACUGACGAACUGCAACACCCGCAUAACCGUAGCGCGUGACAUGGUAUAGGUAGGCAGGCUAUGUGGUGGCCGUAGGUAGGGCAGGGAAUGUGGCAGGGAGACAUGUGACACAGAUCGCGGAGCUGCGGGUCACGUCAUGCAGGCCGGGAGGUACCCAGACUCCAAAGUUUGCGCGCGUCAGAUAACGAGUACAGGUGACGCAGAUACGGUAUCAAAUACUGGCACUGGUGACAUGUGGCAUAUGUUUGUGGCGUUGUGACAACAAUUGGGGACAGCCAUAACAGUAUGUGAGGGUAGCCGUAGCCCGAUCCCAUCCCGACAUUGCCCCACCUGAGUAUACCCCCGUGCUAUUCCCUGUACAUACGGCAGCCAUGGUGCCAUGGGCACUUGGAUUGCGAGCGAUGGAGCCCUGUGUAAGGCAUACCGUGUGGUGUGAGGUAAGCUGCAGUAUGAAAGGGUUUCAGGAGAGGCACGGAAGGCUCCGGCGCGCUGAAGUGAUAACUUUAGUGGUUGUUGAGCUGGUUGAAGGGCUACCCCCUUGGCCACACCGGCUGCGGCUUCUGGGUUUGUGGUCGGGCAUGAAGGUUUGUGCCAAGUUUUGUUCCUAGCGCUUCUGUCCUGCAGCACGCGGCGCAAUGGGUGCAGCUCAACGAUGCGUGCGUAGGUAUACCCCAGACUCAGCACACGUGCAUAGUUUGGGGCAGUUUGGGGAGCGGCAUGUCGGCAUUUCGGGAGAUGCCUGGGGAACUGGUCAGGGACAGGCCGGUGCCGGCCGGGUUUUGCAUGGAUGAACAUGUCAGCACAUUUCGUAUCAUCAAGUAACAUUGAAGUAAGCCGUUGCAUAGCAGGCCAGUCUAUCAGGAUACUUGUCGGCAGCCGGGCCACAUGUCCACAUAUCGGUCGGUCAAAGUGUGUUCCCAAGGCGGAUCAUCAAACAUAGCGAUAGAGCUCACCGAGAGCAGUCAAUUGGCACCAACCUGACAAAAAACUAAGGGGUUCUGAGGGGGUUUUGGGGGGUCGUACGGCAGGGGGGGUCGGUCGGUCGGUCGGUCGGGGGGUCCGGGAGGUUUUGUGGCAUGGGGUCAAAAAAGUUUGUUCCUACCCCCCCCUGCAGCAGGGAUGCAUUCGGUACUUACCGUAGUGACGUGAGCAGCGGGACCGGAUUCGUGCUGACUUAGGCCACGACCUCCGGAAGCUGUAUCGAUUGUUGAGGAAACGUUGUCGGCAGUCCUUGUGUCGUGCCACUGCUUGGGGUACAAAGAAGGUUUGAAUGAGCCAUGCAGCUGAUUACAGCACCAUUAGUAACAUUUCAUGUAGCUUGCACAGUUGCGCCAGGCAGCACCAGGUGCACACCUCUUCAUCUCCUCGUGCAACGGCAGCCUCGCCUGAGCAGCCAGGUAAAAUCGAUCGCAGCCGAGAUCACAGCCUCGGAUUUGAUGGGCACUAGGCAGUUACCGGUACUGUAAACAUUCGGGAUG